AUGGCUGCAAACAAGGACCCAGAGCUCCCGGAUUACUCUGGCGCGACGGUCCCCAGCUAUGCCGCUACCUCCAAUGCCCAGCCCACCGCCAAAACCGAGCACAAGUAUGCGCUCGAAACGAAGGGCAGGGAAUGGCUGUUUAUCCACGUCAAGAGUCGCGCACCAGCAAACGCGUCGUUGCCGUACUUUGUCGAGGCCGACAUCAUUGAAGGCAGUGUGGAACUGAACCUCGACAAGCCAGAGUCGGUCAAGGGUGUCACGAUUCAGAUUCUCGCGGGUGCAACCUCAGUUGGCCAAGAAGAGUUUAUCUUCCUCGACUUGAAGCAGGACUUGUGGCCGACCGGGAGUGAGAAGGGCGGCAAACUCGACAAGGGAAAACAUGCGUGGUCCUUUUCGUUCACGCUGCCUACCAAAGUGGAGGCCCCGACAGACAUGAAGGGGAAAAUCACUAUCGAAGCGCCGCCCAGCUUCUCUGAGCGGGCGAGUCCAGCGUAUAUCGACUAUCGCAUCGUGGCCACCGUCAAACGCGGUGCCCUCAAGCCGAACCAAACGCUGACGAAGAGCUUCGCGUAUAUGCCCCUCGUGCAGCCCGAUCCUCCCUCCAAACUGCGACAAAUGGCUUACAAGGAUGGCACAGAGCUGUUGGGACCCGAAAUCGACAUAGAUGGGUGGAAAGUACUGCAACCAGUCAAGGUCAAGGGCAAGCUAUUCGACGCGAAAGAGGUCGAAAUUGAAUGCACCCUUGCUUUGGCUAAGCCGCUCGCAUACGUUAUUGGCGCACCAGUCCCCCUCUUCCUGACUCUGAAAAGCGACGAUGAAGUGGCGCUGGACACGGUCUCGAAUCCCAACGCCAUCAAGAUGCACCUUGUCCGCUCGAUAGCGCUUGGUUCUGAUGCUAUGGAAGAGCGGACCGAACGGCGGAGCAACACCUUUUUCCAGGCUGGCGUCGGUCAAGCAUAUUUCUGGCCCGCAAUGGAGGGCGGCAAAGAACCUGGCAAACGGGUUUUGCGUGGCGAGGUCGAAGUCAAGAAAUCCAUCAAACCCAGUUUUAUGUUUCCUCGAUUUACGACUCGUUAUACGAUGGACCUUCUCCCCUUCUCCAUCACAGGCUUCGCUCCUGACAAAAAACCCACUGCCUUGCUUUCCGAGCCAGUCAAGAUCGUUUCCAAACACAUCCCUGGCAUCGUCCCAAGAUCAUAUGCUCCGCCAGGCUACAAGAAACCCGUGGAAAGCGACUAUAAUGCCGCUGUCGGGUACCUCGAGAAUGGCAACCAGCGCUUUUAUCAUCGCGGCGGCUUUGCGUGA